AAAAAACAAAACCGCACAAAUAUUUCUUCAACAAAACCAACAAAUCAAAAUAUCCAUCUAUUCACACACCAACCUAAAAAAUAACUUCCCAUAAUUGCAUUUUUCUAUCUUGUCGCUCUAUCUCUCUCCUCUCUCCUCUCUCCCUCUCUCCUCUCUCCCUCUCUCCUCUCUCCUCUCUUCUCUCACCAUCUUCAACCUCCAUUUUUGCUUCCAUUUUCAUCAUCUGUAUCCUUAACUCUCAUCACACUCCCCUUUCUCACCAACACACCAAUAAACAAACAUCUUCACUAACUGUUUUCCCACAAAAUUCGUCAAAAAUGCCCGGAUUAGUCUCAGCAAAAACACCACCACCAACCCUAUCCGUACCGGAAUCCACCCAGAUCCGUCCAUCAACUGGUACCCGCCUCCGAACUCCUUCCCCAUCCCCAUCAACUUCCCGGGUCAAACCCUCUCCUGAUCGGGCCUCAACAAAAAAAAAACCAUCUCCAUCUUUUAAACUCCCUGUAGAUUUAGAUUUAGAUGAUUCUGCUCUUGAUAACCCGGAUCUGGGUCCGUUUUUAUUGAAGUUAGCUAGAGAUACUAUUGCUUCUGGUGAUGGUCCAAUUAAGGCAUUGGAUUUUGCAAUUAGAGCUUCAAAAUCUUUUGAAAGAUGUGCAGUUGAUGGUGAACCUAGUUUAGAUUUGGCUAUGAGUCUUCAUGUUGUUGCUGCUAUUUAUUGCAGUUUAGGAAAAUUUGAUGAAGCUAUUCCUGUUCUUGAAAGAGCUAUCGAAGUUCCAGAUGUUUCUAAAGGAGUUGAUCAUGCUUUAGCAGCGUUUUCUGGGUUUAUGCAAUUGGGAGAUACUCAUUCUAUGUUGGGCCAACUUGAUAAGUCUAUUGAGUGUUAUAAUAAUGGGUUGAAGAUCCAGAUUCAAACUCUUGGAGAAUCGGAUCCUCGUGUUGCUGAGACUUGUAGGUAUUUGGCCGAAGCUCAUGUCCAAACAAUGCAAUUUAAUGAAGCUGAGAAGUUGUGUAAGCAAACACUAGAAAUCCACCGUGUCCAUAGUGCUCCUGCAUCCCUCGAAGAGGCAGCUGAUCGCCGUCUGAUGGCUCUCAUAUUAGAGGCGAAAGGGGACUACGAGUCGGCCCUUGAGCAUCUUGUUCUUGCUAGCAUGGCAAUGAUUGCCAACGGACAAGAAAACGAGGUUGCUGCUAUUGAUGUCAGCAUUGGCAACAUUUACCAGUCUCUUUGUCGCUUUGAAGAGGCUGUUUUUUCCUAUCAAAAGGCCCUGACUGUCUUCAAAUCAUCUAAGGGUGAGAAUCACCCUUCUGUUGCAUCUGUGUUUGUUCGCCUUGCUGAUCUGUACUAUAAGACGGGGAAACUUAGGGAGUCCAAGUCUUAUUGUGAGAAUGCUCUGAGGAUAUACAACAAACCUGUUCCUGGAACUACACAAGAGGAGAUUGCUGGUGGAUUGAGCGAUAUUGCAGCUGUUUACGAGUCUGUGAAUGAGCCUGAGGAAGCAUUAAGGCUCUUGCAGAGGGCUAUGAAGAUGUUGGAGGAUAAGGCUGGUCAACAGAACACUAUUGCUGGCUUAGAAGCACGGAUGGGUGUGAUGUAUUACAUGGUUGGCAAAUAUGGAGAAGCUUUGAGCUCUUUUGAAAGCGCGGUUGCUAAGCUUAGGGCCAGUGGAGAAAGAAAGUCGGCUUUCUUUGGUGUAUUAUUAAAUCAGAUGGGUUUGGCAUGUGUUCAAUUGUUUAAAAUUGAUCAGGCAGCUGAACUUUUCGAAGAGGCUAGAGCUGUCUUGGAGCAAGAAUGUGGUCCUUGUCAUCAAGACACUCUUGGAGUAUACAGCAACCUUGCAGCUACUUAUGAUGCUAUGGGAAGAGUAGAAGAUUCAAUUGAGAUCUUGGAGUAUGUUGUCAAGUUGAGAGAAGAGAAGCUAGGUACAGCCAAUCCAGAUUUUGAUGAUGAAAAGAACAGGCUUGCUGAGCUGUUAAAAGAAGCCGGUAAGAGUAGAAAUCGAAAAGCAAAGUCACUGGAAAAUCUGAUUGAUCCAAACUCAAAACGAACAAAGAAAGAAACACCAAAGAGAUGGGGAGGUUUGGGUUUUAGAAUUUGAGCGAAAGAGCCGGUUUCCUGAUUCCAUCCAAUGGCAACCUGCAGCUGCUGCUCACUUGUGUAACAUAUAUGUAUAGGUUCAGAGAUCUAAGCUUGUGUGUUCUUUAUUUAUAAGGGUUUUUUUUUUUUUUUUUUUAAAAAAAAUUUUAAUUUCUUCUCCCGAUUCCAUUUAUUUGUAGCUGAUUGUUGAAAGUGAAAUGUGUCUUUCUUCCAAUCUGGAGACUGGAGCUGUUUAUGGGAUGAAAGGAUCUUAAGGUCUGCAUCUGCCUUUGUCCACGAGCUCCUUAUACCGUUAUAUACGAUUUUAUCUGAUUAUUAUCAUUUAGUAUUUAUUCAUAGUUAACUGCAACCUCUAAUGUCUUUAAUUACACUAGACUCUUGAUUCUGG